AUGUCGGGUGCUGUUGGAAAGGUCUUCAAAGAGAUUUUUGGGAACAACGCUCUGGAAAUGGUAUUCACACGUGCGUGCGAGGACGUCUCGACACUUGGGGGCGGUCACGAUGUGCCUCAUGCGUACUGGAACUUUGGCGGAAGUGGGAAUACGGACGAAACUGUCGCCACAAACUACUCCCCCUACUUUGCUCUCAUUAUCGAGCCGACUCUCCGCACUGGGAUAGAUGCUAUGGCCCUGGCUGCAAUGACGUUUCUGGCCAAGUAG